UAUUGAUACUUAACUAUUAUUUUCUUAUUAUAUAUAAAACAAAUGGAAAAUUAUUUCAAAGGUAAAAAUGUGGAAGAAGAACUAGAAAGAAAUAAAAUACCUAUAAAAGAUCUUCCCACUGAUUUUCUUUGGAUGCAAGUUAAAGGAGGCAGCAAGAUGAGCAAUCUUCUUGCUCAUGCAUCCGGUAUCCUAGAAGACAAAGCAGCGUCCUCUGUAGUGUGGACUGGAACUGGAGUCGCUAUUCCUAAAGCCAUAUCAUGUGCAGAAAUUCUUAAAAGACAAUUUUCUAUUGAACACCAAGUAACCAAACUCACAUUUAAAAAGGUUGAAGAGUAUUGGGAGCCAAAGAUUGAUGGACUUGAAAAAAUCAUUGUGAAAAGGGAAAUACCAGUUAUUCACAUAUUCUUAUCCAUUGAUGAAAUUCAAGACAAAAAUCAAAUAGGGUACCAAUCUUUGAAAGGGAAGAAAUUUUGGCAAAAAGGACAAACUAGCACUAUUAGUAAAAACCAGCAGCCAUACAAAACCAAGAAGCCUUUUAAGCAUAAGAAGAAUCAAGUUGAACCAUGAGACUGUUGUAAUUUAAUACAUUUUUGUCUGCCAUUAUAGUAAACUAUUAAGUAUAUUUUAUUUUGACCAUUUUUAUACACUUGUAAACGAUUGUGCUUGGUUAAUUUUACCAGGAUUUUCUAUACAGGAAAUGCUGAAUGCACAAAAUCCCA